GGGAAGAGUGAACUUUAAUUCUUCAGAAAGGUUAGGAACGAUUGUCAUCCAACAGCGAAGAAAGAAGCAUCUGAUCAGUGUGGCUCAACAUUAUACAUCUUUAGACCGUUUAAUUUUUUUUCCCAAUCAAUCAAAACCUGGAAUAUUAUUUAAAGGUCAGUGUUAGUAAUGGAUUAUACUCUUAUUGCAUCCACACCGGGCAAGCUGAACAGUUUCCCCGACUACGGUGGGUAUCGAACCCGCGACCUUUGGGAUGCUAGUCCAAAUCCAAUGCUCUACCUUGUAGCUCAGUUGGUAGAACAUUGGAUUAGUAUACCAUUAAUUAAGGUAUUGUUAAAAGUUGAAACUUUUUUCCGACGGAAAAUUUGUGUCGGCCAAUCACAAUUUACAAAAUUUCUUUCUGCGGAAAAUUUUCCUGAAUGAAAAUGGGCCUUAAAGGCCCAUUUCCACACUGAAGAAAAAUUUCCACGGACAGACAAUUUUCCGAAAAUAUCAUUGUUAAAAGUUGAAAAGUUUUCAACUUCAAAAUUUUUUUCCGACGGAAAAUUUGUGUCGGUCAAUCCCAUUUCACAAAAUUUUCUUUCUGCGGAAAAUUUUCCUGAAUGGAAAUGGACCUUACGUCGUCGUCAAAAUAUUUCGAUUAUCAAAUUUUUCAAAUUUAAUAUUAACUAAAUACAAUUAUAACGUUGUUUAUCCCAUGUUACACCUAUAGGUACCAAGUAUGCCCAAGAUGGUCCCCGCCACAUCAAGCAGACACGGCAUUAUUCGCUCGCACUCUUCAUUGUGAUUUGGAUCGUGUGUGCCUUGGCGGUGAUCGUGACCCUAGCCUUGUUGUAUUUCAACUUUAAAAAUAGAGAAAUAAGGUACGUCGUGGUCGAUAAGGCAAAAACAACUCUGGGUUUCCUGUUUCUCGACCAUACCUAGCUUUUGCUCAGCCUAGACCUAGACCUAGGCCUUCUAUUUUUAUUACUUUUUAAUAUUCAGUGCUUUUUCACAUGAGAAGACUGGGAGGAGGCAAUACCAUGGCGAUACAAACCUGCCAAAGAUGCUAGCCCGAAAUUGACCAACCUGCCAACCAUGUAAAGGCCUAGGUCUAGGCUGACUUUUGCCCACUGAAAUCGCCGACACUAAUGGGCCAUUCUAUUUAAUAUAGGCACACACCCUCCCCAUUGAGGGGUCCCUUCAUAAUCCCCUUAGGAUAUAAAAAAUUUGGAACCCCCUUGGAUGCAAUUUGUGGAAGUUAGCCCAGAGGAUAUCUUACUAACCCCGUUAGGAUAUUGUUUUUCCCCUCUUCGAUAUCACUAAUACACCUAAUUUUUGCCAUUUUUUAAAAAAUCUCUCAAGCUGCCAUCUAGGAAAAUUUAAGAUGAAGACCCCUCCUCCCCCAUUGGAUAUCCAGACCCUUAAUAGGGGAGGGGGUGCACAUAUUUAAUGAAUGGCCCAAUCUUUUUAUCUGAAGUUUGCAAAGAGUUUGAAGAAAUUUUUCGUACCCAGUUUGUGGCGUUAGUUUUGUACUCACUAUAUAAAGUUGAUAUGAUAUUUAGCAGAUGUUUGUACCAUCUGUGCAGUAUAUCAUGCAUUCUCAAAAACAAACAAAACCCGACCUACGUUUUUGCAACAAGAAAUAGGAAACCCAGAGUUUUUUGGCCUAAUCAUGAGGCCUAAGCAAACCGUAUAGUUUACGUCGCUUGGAUUAGUUGUGCGCCUUGUGCCAGUUUUAUUUAUUACGAGAAAUUGUUGAGCAGUAAUAGGCAAUUCCAGCUUUUAGUUUAUGCCUGCAGGGGAUGAUGGGAAGUAAGGUAUCAUAUUGCUGAUUAUGCUGAAAAAUUUCAAUAAAAACUCCCGAAACAACCGAAAUAUUUCAAUAUUUACAAGUAUAAGCUAUCACUCCGUGUUUACACGGCCAGCAUUUUUAGUUUUUCAGCAUAAUCAGCAAUGUGAUACCUUACUUCCCAUCGUCUCCUGCACGCAUAAACUAAAAGCUGGAAUUGCCUAUUCCGUCCUGUGCCAGUUUCUUUGUUGGCUUGUCGUGCUUUUGAUCCUUGUGCACCAAUAUGUUUCCCUUGAAUCUGACUCGUGGUACUUGUGUGAAAAGAGUCGGUCAACGCUCUACCGAAAGUCGUGGGUUUUCUCUGAGUGCCACGGUUUCCUCCCACAGGGAAUGUUGACGGGGUGGGUUGGGAUAAGCGCCACACUAACCCAACCAUUGUUAGCUGCGCUCUGUAAUCAGUUGAUGAGAGUUGACUGGAUAUUACUGCGCGCGUAGCGAAAACUCUCAUCAACUGUCAUCAAAAUUUGAACCAGCUCAAAGUUGGCGAGAGUUGACGUUCAAACACGAGCAAUAGUUGUAAUUAUUAUAUGGCUUUUCAAAAUUCUCUAUUCUGAUUGGUUGACAAGCGGUCCGUAAAAACCCAUAUCCGGACCGUAGUCCGUAUUUUCCGUAUCUGGACCGAUGUUCCGGAUGUCGUUUAUCUGGCGGGAAAUUUUUGCUUUGCAAACAGAAAAAAAUUUUGCUUUUCUAAUUUUCCAAUUGUGUGUCAUUAAAAUUUACAGAUAAAAAUUUCAAACAACCAAAUUGUUUUUUAUUGAGCAUGCAUGUCUACCGUAUAUUGUCACACAGUGAAACUGACGAUAGCCGAUUUAAUUAGCGCGAAAAGCAUAUGCUCACAGACUCAGUUCAGCCAUAUAAUAAACCGAUUAUUGACCUCACUUGUUCGGUCUGUACUGUGAAAUAUCAGACUAAAAAACCUCGGUCUGAUAUUUCACAGUACAGACCUCACGCUCGGUCCAUAAGCCGUUAUUCUCAUCAACUCUCGUUUCACCGAAGUUCAAUCUAAAAGUUGUCUUUUUUACUCAGAUACAUCAAGAUGUCUUCUCCUCAUGUGAACAAUAUCAUCAUAUUUGGUGGACUGCUGUGUUAUAUUAAAGUGUUUGUAGACACGUUAGACUCAAGAUAUGUUGGCCUGGAAACCUACGGUCGUUUCUGCAAUGUAAGUUGAUUGAAAAGUUCCGGCACAGACCUGCAAACUCAACGGUUUCUCUGGUGCAAUCGUCCGAGCAAGCGGGAGAAAACAAAGAGUGUUGCACUAACACUUAAUACCUCUUUUAGUUUUAAACUGUUCUCACUAGAGGUCCAUUAAGGAUCAUUUCUUAUUGAUCCAGUGUUACUACAGGAGGAAACCUAAACUAAACUAACUUUAUCUAUACUGGAUAGCUCUACCAGUUCUAAACUGUUAUUCCUAGAGGUCCAGUAAGGAUCAUCUCUUAUUGAUCCAAUGUUACUACAGGAGGAAACCUAAACUAAACUAACUUUAUUUAUACUGGAUAGCUCUAUCAGUUCUAAACUCUGCUUCCUAGAGGUUCAAUAAGGAUCAUCUCUUAUUGAUCCAGUAUUACUGCAUGAGGAAACCUAAACUAAACUAGCUUUAUUUAUACUGGAUAGCUCAUUAGUUCUAAACUGUUCUUCCUAGAUAUCCAGUAAGGACCAUCUCUUAUUGAUCCAAUGUUACUACAGGAGCAAACCUAAACUAAAUUUCUAUUUACCUGUUCCAUUUCUUUCUAGGCUCGGGUCUGGCUGAUGUCGCUUGGUUUCACCACAGCAUUUGGAGCUAUGUUCAGUAAAACAUGGAGAGUUCAUAGAAUAUUUACCGCUUCCAAGAAUUUCAGACGAGCGGUAUGAUUAGCAUUCAUAUUAUGAUCUUGAUGCUUGAUCUUAUAAGCUUUGAUAGUUUCAUUGAUAAAAUACUUUGUCGCUUACAUUUGCUUCAAACUCGAUUUCAAACGUUUAAUAUUGAUACUUUUUUUUCUAGGUAAUCAAAAAUUUUCAUCUGUAUGGCUUACUGUUCGCCUUACUGGCAGUGGAUUUUAUAUUAUUAACUGUAUGGAUGAUUGCAAGUCCUUAUAGAUCUGGAAUACUUCAACUACCUACAGAGGUAUGUAUCAGGAUUUAUAUUGGCCAUCUCAUUCGAUUGAACUACCUCGUACCCAGGCUCUUUCGUCCCGCGAGGAGCGUAGAGAUUUAGUAUUUUUGCACAAGUGAAUAUAACAAAUCCUACAAGUUGAUUGGUCAAAUUUGACGUAUUAAGCUGUUCUAUUCACCUACAGGUGAAUACAACAAAACCGGAAUUUGCAAAAUGGCGGCUAGCCGUUUUGUGGAAGUUACUGUCCAAUGCUCUACAAACUGGUAGUCUACCGACUUGACCUCAUAGCUCAGUUGGUAGAGCAUUGGACUGGCAAACCAAAGGUCGCAGGUUCAAUCCCCACCGCGGUCAAACAAAAUUUUCAGUUUGUUCGCUGUGGGCAAACUCAGAGAAACAUCACAAACCUAGGGCGCUUUCCAUUAAACACGGCCAGCCGGUCAGAACGGUCAAAUUAUUGAAUGGACACAGAACGUUUGGGCUUCGGAGCUAUCUGACCGGAACAUUUAGAUAAAAUUAGAAUGAGGUCCAUUUUCCUUAGAUAUUUGAGAAAUAUAGACCAGAUCUUCCCAUUGAUACAGAUAAAAGAAUUCGAGUCUGACCGGUCAGGCCAUUACAUGGAAAGCGCCCCUAUAUCCUUCACCUGAGUGCACAACAACAGAAUCAAUUCCUCUUUGUUGUUUUAAGGAAAACAAGGAAGAAGACGAAAUUAUUUAUCCCUACAUCUUCAAUUGUACUUCACAACACGAGAACUACUUCCUCAUAACCACCUUGGGAUGCAAAGGUCUGUUAUUGGUGUUCGGGAUCUUCCUCGCAUGGGAGACACGAAAUAUCGAAAUCAAGGCUCUGAAUGACUCCAAAUAUAUCGGUAUAUCUGUUUAUAAUGUUGUGAUAUUAUCUGUGGUUGGUGUUAUAUUGGCCACCUUGAUGUCGGGCUCUGAGUAUUAUAAUGUCUAUCUCGCAUUAAUGUCGCUCGUGGUUAUAUUAUGCACUGCUGCCACGCUGGGUAUUGUGUUUGUACCGAAAGUAAGUAGAAAUUUUUUUUUAUAUUUUGAGCUUUCUUGAAGCAUUUGUUUAUUAAUACAACUAAUCGAUUUACUAAUCGAUUUACUAAAUCGAUUAGUUGUCUGAUUUAAUUGCAUACUGAUUGAUUUAAAGACUGAGUGAUUGACUAACCAAUAGGUUGUCUGAUUAAUUGAUUAUGUCAUUGAUUGAUUAUCUGAUCGAUUGAUUAUCUGAUCAAUUGAUCGAUUGUAUGACUGAUUGAUUGAUUAUCUUAUUGAUCAUAUAUAUGAUUGAUUGGUUAUCUGACUAAUUGAUUAACUGAUUGAUCGAUUAUCUGACUGAUUGAUAACUGAUUAUUUUAUUGAUAAUCUAUCUGAUUGAUUAUCUGGCUGAUUAAUUAUCUGGCUGACUAAUUAUCUGGUAGAACGGCCAUGAUCGUACUCAUUAAAAUCUUCAUUAUCCAUUCUCAGAUAAUUGGCCUACAACGCAUAAUCAACUCGACAACGAACGAGUCGCUAGAAACAACAUACUCUGUAAAAAGUAGCGACGAUAAACAACCUCCAUGUUGCUGUUGCGAGGCAUGUAAGUGCAAGUGUUCUGGGAGGGACCGAAAAUCUUCCAUCCAUGUCAGCAAUAAAUUUUUAGCCGGAGCAUCGAGUAACCGAAGGAAGACCAGAACGGCCAGUAUUCCUAGUAUAAGCGUGACGAAACCCAAAGUCAGUGUUCAUAUUAAUGCGAGAGUUAGUUUAUCCACUUAUCCGAUUUCUGAGAGUCCGUCACCAAGUCCUGACGAGUCUACUCGAGUUGGGUUUCUGACAAACAAUGCAUAAUUGACGAAGGAAGCUUCUUCUUCUGGAGAAUUCAGUUCUCACUCUGAAGUCAUUUAACAGAAGGCAAUGGACAACACAGUCACCACUUAACAUCAGGGCGAGUGGUCAUAAAAAUUGUCAAAAUAUGUGGCGCUUUUCAAGCACUUUGGAAAUGUUCAUUCCUUUGUUCAUGCCGAUCUCAUUGUGCAAAUGUUCCUUGGCAUCAGCCUUACUGUGCCCUAAUGGUUAAACCUCAACCGCCAUUGCACAUCAACGUAUUUCAUCAUUGUCUCAAAUAGGAAACCUCUAAGACUAUAGUCUUCUAAUCUUUGUCUUCCAAAACAGAUAUCGCCUUUCAGUAUUCAAGGGUCCACCAAGGCACAGAUUAAGUAUAUACUUUUAAUCUAUGACCAAGGGUACCAGGGGAUACGGCUCCACCGCUACUUAAGGGGACUCGUUGAUUUUUUAAAUCCGAUACAAACGCCUGCGUCUGGCGGGCAUGCAAUGAACCCGCCAAAGAGUAAAUUGGGAUUAAUGAUAAAUUUUAUUGCAUUUUAAACCGUUCUCGUGUAAUUAAUUGACAUGCAUUCAUGUUCAACAAUGUCUUUUAUUAAACUAAAGAAAUACUCUUGAACCAUUUUCAUACUUUGGUCUUCUAGAAAAUAUCUUCGCCUUUUCUGCAAAAUUUCUACACUAUGGAAGUGUGCCAAACAUUGGAAAUGAAAUAUGUAACCAUUUUCCAGUGAUAGACGUUUUCAUAGGCUGGUUUACACCAUCAAAGUCGCUGUGAUCGCAGUAGGCACUCGGUGUUUAACAGUAAAUCAAUUCCCUCUAACAAAUGUGGUUAAACGUAGAUUUAAGCGAAGUUAACGGCAGAUGUAUCUAGCAGCGGGGAGCCCCUGACGUCACUUAGAACUGUUGCAAUUCUCACGCAUCUGUCACUUUGCUACAGCUUGGCUAGCCAGCUACAACUGCUCUUUCGCUCUGUUCCCCUUCGCCCCCACCCUGGUUAAUGUUUGUUGAUACUCGGGUUAAUUUCUUUAUUUUUGUUUUAGCUUUGUUUUUUGUUGUUUCGUUUGGGUUGUUUUUUGGAGUUUUUUUAUAGGAUACAAUCUAUAGACUACUAUAGAAUGCGUCCUUUUUCCACUGAUCAUCAGUGUGACAGGUGCCGGAGGUCUGCCUUGGCAGAAUUGUCAUGGCAAACUCCUAUUGCUACUAUAAUUAGCCUUAUUAUUACGUUUUUUGCUGUUUUGCCAUAGCUGUUUGCCAUUGCUGUUUGCCAGUUUUGCCAUUUGCCAGUUUGCCAUAAAUGUUUGCCAGUGUUUUGCUUAAUGUUUGCCAUUGCUGUCAUUUGUCUGACAAGGCUAGAUCGCCGACUACACCACGGCACCUACCUCCAAACUCAGAUACUCUGCCGUUAAUUCGUGCAAACCAUUAAAAACGUAGAAUUUACCUAUGCAAAAUUCCUACUGUAGUCAUUGAAACUUUGAUAGUGUAAAUCGAUUCUUAUUGUUUAAUUUAAGUAAUUUUACAUAUAUGACUGAUAUCCAAAUUUCUCAUAAAAUAGUAAAAAUACUCUUUUUAGACUUUAGUGUAUAUUUCUUCUGAAUGAAGAAUUCCAUUUUAAUCACUUUUAUGAUUCAUUCUGCUU